AUGAUAGGCUCUAAGCCUUCGGGUCGUAUAAUACUUGAAUUAUACACUGAUCUAACCCCUAAAACAGCCGAAAACUUUCGUGGAUUAUGUACAAAUGACUACGGAUCAACUGGUUUAGGUGGUAAAACAUCCCAAUUAUCAUACGAAAAUAGCAAAAUACAUCGCAUAGUAGAAAAUUUUUGUAUAUAAGGCGGUGAUAUUACAAAUGGAGAUGGUACAGGAGGACUUUCUAUAUAUGGUAAAUAUUUUGAUGAUGAAGAUUUUUCAAGAAGACAUGCAUGUGCAGGUUAACUUUCUAUGGCUAAUAAUGGAAGAAAUACUAAUAAUUCUUAAUUUUUUAUAACAUUAAAAGCCGCACCACAUUUAGAUGGAAAGCAUGUGGUCUUUGGAUAGGUUAUUGAUGGCAUGGAUGUCGUUAGAUAAAUAGCUAAAGUACCUGUAGAUAUAAAUGAAAGACCUAAAUUACCUGUAGUGAUAAAAUAAUGUGGAUAAAUUGGAGACAAGAGGGCUUUUUUAAAGGAAGAUCCAUUCGCUAAAUAGAAAUAUGAAGAGAUUUAGAAGAGGAAGGUGGAAGCUGAAUAAUUAAGGAGAUAGGGUAUCGAUCCAGAGGAGUAUUAUGCAAAAUAAAAGGAUUAGGAUAUUAGUAUAGAGGAAAAGAAAGGAAAAGAAAUGGAAAAUGCUUUAAAGAAGUUAAAGGAGAAAAUAGAGAUAUUGAAAGAGGAGAAAAAUGUCGAAAUUCCUUAAGUUGAUAUUGUAAAUAGUAAAAUUUCGGAAAAAAAUUUCGGAUGGAAUGUUUUUAAUAGUGAUAGUUUAUAUAAAGCUUAAGAAAAAAGAUGGAAAAAUUUAAAUUUUAAUGAAGAAUUAUAUAAAGAAUAAAUGUAAAAUCCAUAAAAAGCAUAUGAAGUUUCCGAAGAAGCUUUAAAUAAAUUAGCAUAAGAAAUUGAAGAAUAUAGAAGAAGAGCUUAUGAUCGUGAUUAAGAUGUAGAUUUUAUUGAUGAAAGAAAUAAAAACUUCAAUAGUAAACUUAAAAGACAUUUUUCAGAAUAUACAAGAGAUAUAAAGGCAAAUUUAGAAAGAGGAUCUGCUAUUUGA